ACUUACGAGAUGCGUGUUCAUGCGUAGAGGUGGUAAUGGAGGACUGUGAUGUUCUGUUAGCAGGCUAUCUUCUCUGUGGUAUGCUAUUCGUCCUUUUGAUUAACUAUAAUAUAUUUGCUCCAUAAAGGACAGAGUUCGGUCAUAUCUAGAGCAGGAGGAGCCGCACCAGAGAUAAAAGAUGGCAUCAGAGGCACUCUCUCAAAAUCAUGGUUCCAAAGUUAUCAUGACGUUUUAUCCCACUGCUGAAGAAUUCAAGAAUUUCAGCCGCUAUAUUGCAUAUAUAGAGUCCAAGGGAGCACACAGAGCAGGAUUAGCAAAGAUUGUUCCACCAAAGGAAUGGAGGCCUCGAGGUUCUUAUGAGGACAUAGACGAUUUGGUGAUUCCUGCACCCAUUCAGCAGGUGGUGACUGGACAGUCAGGCCUUUUCACUCAGUACAACAUUCAGAAGAGAGCCAUGACUGUUAAAGAGUUUCGCAAGAUUGCCAACAGUGACAAGUUCUGCAGUCCACAUUAUGAUGAUUUUGAGGAGCUGGAAAGGAAAUACUGGAAGAAUUUAACAUUUAACCCUCCUCUGUAUGGAGCAGAUGUUAACGGAAGCCUGUAUGACCCUGAUAUUGAGGAAUGGAAUAUUUGCCACUUGGGAACCAUUUUGGACACUGUGGAGCGUGACAGUGGAAUAACUAUUGAGGGUGUUAACACCCCCUACUUGUAUUUUGGAAUGUGGAAGACCACCUUUGCAUGGCACACUGAGGACAUGGACCUUUACAGCAUCAACUACUUGCACUUUGGAGAGCCCAAGUCGUGGUACUGUGUUUCCCCAGAGCAUGGGAAGAGACUGGAGCGUCUGGCUAAAGGAUUUUUUCCUGGUAGUUCUCAAAAUUGUGAAGCCUUUUUAAGGCAUAAAAUGACUCUUAUCUCUCCUUCAAUACUGAAGAAAUACGGCAUUCCAUUUGAAAAGAUCACUCAGGAAGCUGGUGAGUUUAUGAUUACUUUCCCCUAUGCCUAUCACGCUGGUUUCAACCACGGUUUCAAUUGUGCCGAAUCCACCAACUUUGCUACGGAGAGAUGGAUCGAGUAUGGCAAGCAAGCAGUUUUGUGCUCAUGCCGUAAAGACAUGGUGAAGAUUUCAAUGGAUGUUUUUGUCAGGAAGUACCAGCCAGACCGCUAUGAACAGUGGCUGGCAGGGCGAGAUACGGUGCCCAUCGACCACUCAAAGCCCACCCCAGAGGCUAGGGAAUUUCUGGGCGACUCUUUCAGCAGCAACAGUGACAGCAGCUUCAACGAGAGUGGCUAUGAGGAUGGAGAAAGGAAAAGCACGCAACGAAUAGAGGCCAAAAGACACCGUGUUUGUUUGGAGGUGCCUGACGAGGUUGUCCCCAAAGAUGAGGACGAUGACGAGAAGUAUGGAAAGAGGCCCAGGCUGAGCCUCAUCCCUCACCGAGCAGUGGCACACGAUGGCAGAAGAAAUAAAGGGCCGCCAAAGUUGGUUGUCACGCCAACAAAGCUUACGCUGAUGGACCCAUUUCAUAGGAGCAUGUCGCAGAGCAACGGUGACGGAGGCCGUCCUCCUCAUUACACCAAGACUCGAGCACCUGCAAUCUCUUCUCAGACGAGGCCCAGAAAUGGGCAUCUGUCGGUUUCAGCAGCGCCGAUGUGGACAGAAGCCCCCGCUCAACACGUGCGUAAAAUGGGUGUGGCCAGUCUGCUCUUCCACAGGACUCUGAGUUCAAAAGACACUCUCCUGGUGCAAAGCUACACGUCAGAAAAGCAGCAGGAUCAUCACAAGCAGCUCCAAAUCCACAGCUACGCUAAGGAGCAGCAGCCACGUCGCCUUCAGAGCAAAGCUUGCACGCUGACACAGGUCCAGGCUUUACCCAUGGCGCUGGGCCAAGAACUAGCACAGCUUCAGCCUGGAACCUCAGUUCUUCAGAUACAAGAGAAACUUAAUGAAUCACAAGCACACCAGAACCAAAACAAUGACAAGCCUGAAAAAAUACAGUUCAUUCAAGACCCAGUUAGAAUGGAGAAAGCCAAAGCUGAGGCCAGGUCGGCCCCCCCACAGAGCCAGACACAGCUCCAUGACCUCAGCAAAGUCAAGAUGGAGGCUUCCAGAGCCAAAAAACGAAAGAGUUACGAGUGUCCACUACUGGACAGUGGCAUUAUCGUCCUGAAAGACACCAUUCCUGCAGAGCAACACAAGCAGGAUGAGGUCCAGGUGAUUCCUCACACUUAUCAGGUAUUAGAAGAGCAGUCUUACUGCAAGCUUGAGUCAAAGAAACAGGAGCAGGAAGAAGAGCUUUGUCGACUGCCUCGCCAUCACCCUCUUCUGAUCAGAGAGACGUGCGGUGAUGAAGAUCAGGAUGUCAGCAUAGAGGUCGAACAAGAAGAGAAGGAGGAGUGGGCAAAGCCACUGACCCAACUGUGGCAGAGUCAGCCUUACAACCCCCAGGCAGAGUGGGACUACAACAAAAUGAUGGGCCAACAGCCUCCUUACUGCUCCAUCUGUCUGCUCUUCUACACUUACCACCAGUCUGAGUCUGGCAAUGAGAGCUCCAGCUUGAUGCUGGUGAAUCGCCCAGGAGGUCGUCAGUGGUCCAGGCCGCUCAUCCCUGAAAUGUGCUUCAACACUCAUACGGCCAGAACAAAUGAUGGCGUACAGGGUCAGCUGUCCAAUCCUCACGUCGCUGAGGAUGGAACAAGCCGCCUCAUCAGCUGUGCUCAGUGCUGCGUUCGAGUGCAUACAAGUUGCUACGGCAUUUCUGGAGAAGAGGCAGAGUUAGACAACUGGCUAUGUGCUCGCUGUGAGGCGAAUGCCAUCACUGAGGACUGCUGCCUGUGUUCACUGAGAGGUGGAGCCCUGCAGAGAGCCAACAAUGACAAAUGGGUCCAUGUUCUGUGUGCCAUCACCAUCCUGGAAGCGCGUUUUGUCAACAUCACCAACCGCAGCCCCAUCGACCUCUCUACCAUCCCGCUGCCUCGCUUCAGACUGAAGUGUGCGUGCUGCAGGAAGCGGAUGAAGAGGGAGGUGAAGGGCUGCUGUGUCCAGUGCUCCCAUGGCCGCUGCUCCACAGCGUUUCAUCCCUCCUGUGCUCAGGCAGCUGGCAUCCUCAUGCACCCAGAUGACUGGCCAUUCGUCGUCUUCAUCACCUGCCACCGACACAAAGCGCCCGUCAUACCUGAGCGCAACAAGGCCUCUCUGAGAGAUCUGUCAGUGGGCCACAAGGUGAUCUGUAAGCACAAGAACUGCCGCUACUACUACAGUGAGGUGGUGGAGCUGACCACCGCCACCUUCUACGAGGUGGUGUUUGACGACGGCUCGUACAGCGACAACCUCUUACCAGAGGACAUCGAGAACUGGGAUUGUGUCCGGCUCGGCCCACCCUCCGCAGGUCAGCCUGUCCAAGUGCGAUGGACAGACGGCCUUCUGUACGGAGCCAAGUUUGUAGCGUCCCACUCCGUCCCCAUGUAUAUGGUGGAGUUUGAAGAUGGAUCACAACUCACGGUGAAGAGAGAAGACAUUUACACGCCUGAAGAGGAUUUGCCCAAACGAGUCAAGUCUCGAAUGUCGGUGGCGUCGGACAUGCGCUUUGAGCUAUUCACACAGAGCAACGUCAAACAGAACUCCAAACGACAGCGAGUCAUCAACUCCCGAUACAGAGAGGACUACAUAGAGCCUGUUGUCUACCGAGCCAUUAUGGAGUGACUGCUGCCAUGUUUUACCAAAAUAAAUCACUAUGGAAAUGUGAAAGUCUUCAUUUCUUUAGUUUUCUUGCUCAUAAGUUGCCGUUCCCCUCCUUUCUUUGCUUUUCUCUUUCUUUUCUUUUCUUUUCUUUUCGUUUUGUUUUCUUUUGCUUUCUUUCCCUUUCUCCAGAAGCCUCCAUAUUUCUAAACUACGGCUGGGAUUUAAAAUGACUCGUGCUUUAAAACAUCCUGUUAGACCUCUGUUCUCCGUUCUUCAGGAAGAAGCCAUUAAUCAGUGAAGUGUAAGCAUUAGGACUGAACGGGACAGUAAGUUUAGCUUUUCUCUACUAUCACUGCUUCAUCAAGCUUUCCUGAUCAGGUUGCAGCUAUUUAUUUCCAACUUUCUGUUUAUUUUACAAUAUUGGCUUCUAAAGGAAUUUUUUUUAUUAUUUAACUAAUGCAGUUAAAAUGUACGCUUUCUUCUUUUUGUCAUGAACUGUUUCAACUUUGACCCCAAAGAGUUGUAGCUCCCGAAUAUGUUUUUUUUUUUAAUCAAGUUUUUCAGACUGUAAUUUCCCUCUACUCGUAGAAUCGUAGAAUCAUUUUAAUGAACUGAAUAGGACUUGAUUAAGUAAGUGUGUAGUUAAAUCACAGCUCGUUACGGUGCAUCUACUGUGAAGAUGGAAGGAAGUCUAGACAUGUUCUCUAAGCCUUACAUUUUAAAGGGCCAAGCUGACUUUUUGUUUUUCUUUUUUUUGUCCCGUGGAUUAUUAUAAAUAUUGUAAAUAAUAGUGUGACUUUAUUUAUGCAAAAUGCAUCCAGAUUGAGAAGAAAGCUAUUUUUGUCACAUGCUUUUCACCAAUCUAAAGACAACUUGAGAUGUAUUUAUAUUUAUUAUGCUGACGGGUUUUACAUUUUUAGAGCGUUUUUUUGUUGUCGUUUCCUGUGCAGGAAAUGGAAGGUGACAACUUCCUGUGGUUCUUGAGUUUUUCUUAAAGCUAAAGCACUUACUGUUUCUUUCAGGAAGUUUUAACCUUUGAUACAUCUGUGUAUCCUUGACAACCACCCUGAAAAUUGGAUUUUAUUUCCCGUUGUGUUUGUGUUUUUAUUUCAACUAACUGUAGAGUAUUAAAUUUCAGAUACUUUGAAGCCUGGUAGUUAUGUGCUCUGAAGGUUUUACUCCCACUUUCAGCCCCUUAUUCCUCCUCUAAGCUAGAAUUGUGAUAAGGAAAGUAAAAGUAGCUGGCCUUUCUGUAGGAUAGUGUGGCCAGAUGCUUAUCUUCGUCCUGCUGUCGUCUUUAGAUCUCUGUCCAUAAGGCUGCUUUAAAACUUUGUAAGCAUAAACUAUUUGAGUAAAGUUUGGG